GUUACUUGUCAAUUAGAUGUUAUCGAGAGUGCCCUACUAAUUUCUUCAUUCUAAACCCGAUUGUCAUGAGCGGACAGUUUGUGUUCGCUUACUUUAUUUUCUGGAUUGCCGUGAAUUUUCUGGGCUUCGUUAUUGUGCUAAACUAUUUUGCAAUUCUCGUGAAAGAUGAAUAAUAUGCCAAGUCGUACCAAUAAGGAUUCGGACCCCACUGAGGACUCUGACUCGAAGAAGAGUUUGCAAGCGGAUUCCGAUUCAUCAGAAGAGUCGCAAGAUGAUUUUGAUGGUUCAGACAAGGACAAUGAUGCAUCACAAUACGAGGAAACUGACACAUCACAAUACGAGGAAACUGACACAUCACCAUACGAGGAAUCUGGCACAUCAUCAGAUUCUUCACAGGAUUCGCAAUCUCUAGAAUUACCAACAGCCCUAUUGGAGGUGGAUCACGAUGAGGAGGAAGGGGACAAGGACACAUCAUCUGACUCAUCAGAUUCCUCACAGGAUUCGCCAAAUCUAGAAAUCCCAAAAGCCCUAUUGGAGGUGGAUCCAAAUGAUCAGGAGUCGGUUGUCAAAGCAAUCGGACUUUUAAUCACGAUGAUCAACUCCCAACUGAAUACCAUCAAGUCGAAAGUACUCCCGAAAUCACCAUUGGACUUUAUUGGUGACAGUCGUCAGAAGAAGCUCUGGAGGAUGCGUAGACGCGAUAGAGCCCAGUAUAAGGAUGGCUCCGAAUAGAUUGACCAAUGUUCCUAUUCCAUUUUGCUGAAAUAUUUCUUGUAUCAUGCAUUUCAUAAUGUUCAAUUUAUAGAGUAAUUAUAAUUUGAAAGGGACGCUAUUUCUGGCCUCUCUUUUCUCCCA